CUCUCUACUUAAUUCUUUAAUUACGCAAUUAUUCUCUUAAUUACAUAAUUAGUCUUUUAAUUAUUUCUUAAUUUAGUUAAUUACAUAAUUAGUCUAUUAAUUAUUUAUUUAUUUCUUAAUUCUAUUAUUAUUUCAAUAUUAUCAAUCAUGUCUUCAUUUUUGAAAAAAGCCUCAAAAAAAGUUACUAAAGUGGCAAAAUCAUUGGGAGAUUCCAGCUCCUCCAAAAGAAAGGCCACUUCUACUCCGUCGGUAUCAACAACACCUUCCAUUAGUAAUUAUAAUUAUGAACCAAAUUAUCCAGAAGGGUACGACCCAGAAUUACAUAAUUAUGCAGAAGAAGUGGAAAGAGAAAUACAAAUUGAUGAAGAAGAACAACAAGAAGAGGAACCAACGACCCCUAUUGGGAUACAUAUAUCUCGACAGUCAUCAACAAGAUCACAUGAAGAACAACAACAACAAAGACAAGCUCGUGGUAAACGAGUCAAUUUCCAAACUAUCGAUGAAGAUGAACCAGUAAGACAACCUUUCCGGCAAUGCCACCUCCUAGUGGUAGAGCUGUUUCACAUGUGUGGUCGUAUUUCACAAAAGAACCAACCGAGAAUCCAGAUAUUUUCUUAUGCACUUGUCAAAUUUGUGAAAGUCAAGGAGUAAAGCCCUUAGUUGCAUACAAUUUCGCCAGAGGUGGUGGUACGGGAUCUUUUAACAAACAUUUGGCAAAGAAGCAUGGAAUCACAAAAGAAACUCAUGCAGCAAGCGGCAGCGGAACCA